UAAUUGUACUAGAAGGACUAGAAAUUUAUUACAUACAACAGGAAGAAUAAGUUGGAACAAAAAUUACUAAUAAUAAUUUUAAAAUUGGUUAUCUUUGAUAAUCCUUACGAUCAAAAAUUCCAUUCAUGUCAAGGUACAUAUCAGUAAAGAAUAUUUAUUCAGAUUUUUAAAAGAGAUAUGACAUAACUGCUCAAGGAUGAUUCAGUAAUUACAAUGUAUUACAAGAAGGGAAAGGUGUGACAAAACAAAAUCUAUCAUCAUGGCUUCGGCAUCACAAGCACCAAAAAUGUGUGAAUUGUGUGAAGAAAACAAUAAAAUUCAAUGGAAAUGUUUAAAAUGCGAGUUUUAUCUGUGUACUAAAUGUUGUAAAAUUCAUCAAAAAGUAAGAUCGUCAGAUGAACACAAGGUCAUUGCUAUCGAGGAUAUCGGAAUAGCUAAGAUAAAAGACCUGGAAAUCGAAAAAGAUCUUUCAAAUAUAAUGUGCAAAGAACAUCCAGAAAAAAUCUGCCAACGAUUCUGUAAAACAUGUGAAACCGUCGUUUGUAAAAAGUGCAUUAAGAAAAAUCACAGAGCCAAACAUGAGGUGGUUGAUAUAAAAGAGGGUUACUUUCAUGGCAUAGAUAAAAUAAAGAAAACUAAUUAUAAACUUGAUAUAGAGGUCUUAAAUCUUGCAACAGGUAUGUCAACUCUUGAAGUUCUUACAUCUGACGAAAAUGAAAAAUUUCAAGCAGAGAAACAGAAGAUUCUUCAGAGAGAUCAAGAUCUCAAAGAUCUAAUUGAUAAGCAUACUAAAAAACUCUUAUGUGAUCUAGACCUAAGAUGGAAUAUUUUCACUUCGUCAAUCAAAGACGAAGACGAUCGUGGAAAAAGGGAAACUCAAAAUCUAGAAAUCAAAAACACAGAAUACAACAAAGUCUUAAACUCCUUUGAUGCAAAAGAUGUAUUCUUAACAGCUGAGUACAUAAAGAAAUCAUCAAACACCAAAAUAAGACCUAUCAAUACAUCAUACACUCAUCUUCCAUCAUAUGUUCCAAGGGAAGUCACUCCUAGCACUAUCUCUCAUGGAACUUUACAAGAAACAACCAAUGGGCACAAUGAAAACAUUAAUAGAUGCUUUCAAGUUGAAAAACACUACACAACGAACUUUAAGGCAACUGAUGAACUUGCUUGCAAAGCUGACGGUUCACUUUGGAUAGGGGAUUAUCAAUCUAAAAAGUUACAUAACGUCAAAUGGAGUGAAAGUUCUUUUAAAACAACCCAGUCCUUGGAGGAUAUCAAGAUUUAUGAUAUGGCCAUAACAUCAAAUGAUGACCUACUUUUGGCAACCUUAGAAACAACUCUUAAAGUUAUUCAACAUAAAAAACCAAAACAGCUGAUUUCAAAAUACAAUGUGUCACCACAUAUUAUAAAAUGUGUUCAUGUUUCGCAUGAUGAUAAGAUAUUAGUUGGAGUUCGCAAAUUUGGACCUGCAUUUCCCAUCAUUGGACCUAGACAAGUGAUCGUUAUGGAUAUGGAAGGAACCCAUAUUAAAACUUACAACAACAAUUUGUUUUCUUAUCCAUUCAAAAUAACCACGGAUCAUACAGGAACAAUAUAUGUGAUUGACUGCACCUCUGAAAAUCGAAAUGGUCGAGUUGUGGUUAUAGGACAGGAUGAUUCAAUGAGGGGUGUAUUCAAGGGUCAUCCGGACAUAAAUACCAAAGACUUUCCUUUCAAACCCUGUGACAUAGCUAAAGUAUCCUUUAACUCUGCUUUGGUCAUUGACACAAAUACCAGGAUGUUAUACCUCCUGAACAAUGAUGCAUUAUGCAUUAAAUUCAUUCAAUGUACAGACCUUGGAAUUGAACUUCCUUACAGCAUUGCGACUGGCAACAAGAGAAAAAUAUUUAUUGGAAGCAGAGAAUGUGUAGGAGAAAAAUCAAGUACAAAAAUACAUGCCCUUAUAUACAAGGAACUGGUUUAAACGAACUUUUCAUACAGUACCCUCUCCUAGAGUGAAAGUGAAACCUUCGACCAUAGUACUUACAUAGUAUUUGGUGUAUCAACUUUUGACUACCUUUUAUUUGAACUAAAUAUUUCCCUAGAUUUUGCUUGUAUACAUAUAUCGCAAAAAGGAAUGUUAUCCUCACAAUAGUCUGUUUACCAAUUACCGAUUUGAUUCUGUUAUAACAAAUUUUUAACACAAAUCGCUUCCCUUUGUCAUUCUUGGACAGGUUCUAUACUGGCCGAAAUUGGGCUUCUGCUGUUCUUAGCUUAACAAAAAUUAAAAUGUAAUAAAAGAACAGAGUUCCAAUGUCCCCCGCAUUGCACAUAUUUUAUCUAUCCAAGGUACAAGGGCAAUUACUUAAAAAAAAACUUUUUUUUUGUUCUUUAAAACUUUUUAUAAAUAUCUUAGAGAAAUGAAGGCUUCAGAGCAAAUGCAAUGCGAUUUCCGUUAUAAUUAAUAUUUCAAAGAAUUGCACACAUGAGAGCGCUAACAAUGCAAUUUUCCAUAUAAUCAAUAUUUCCAAGGGGGAUAACUCUUUUAAAAAUAAUUGAUCAGCACUGAUUUUGGAACUCGUCCAAAACAUUGCUAAUAUAAACCUAUGAUAUAAAUUUCAUAAAAAUCUGGCAAGAAUUGUACAUGUGAUAGCGCUAACAAGACCGGACGGACGGACACCCGGUAUUUCUAUGUCCCGCGCACCGCGUUCCUCAAAGAUUUGAAAAACUUGAAGGUUACACACAUCACGCUUAGAUAAAUUUGCUCUUUCCGGUAGCUCUCCAUUAUCAAUGAAAAUGCAUGCUCCUCCUACAGAGACUUAAAAAUAGAUCUCUAAUUACAGGAUCAAUUACGGGAAUUGGCAAAUAGACCAUUGUAUGCCCAAUUGCCACUUAAUUUAUUUAUAAAUAGCAUUUUCAAAUUUAGCGCGCUCAAUCGUGAGCAUGGCACUGCUAAGUACAGUUUUACCAAUAUUAUCUAGCCGUAAAUCAUAAACGACAGGGUAUUGUGGUAGAACCUAUAUUUUCCAUUUAUUCUAAUAGGCAACGAACCAUGUUUCUUGGAGGUAGUUUUUAAAUAUAUCUAUGAUUGUAUAUAAAAAACAACAUUUUAUCUAACAUUAAGGAUGUUCGCUACUCUGUUUCAAA